AGCUUGGAGACUGUGUGUUUUGAAGGAAAUGGUGAAGAGGCGACUCAGAGAGAAAACUGCAGGGUUUUAGAGAGCCCUAGAAGCAGAAGCAGAAGCAACAGGUAGGCAACAGCGAAGUAGGAAAGCAUGAGGCUCAUUCGAUCAAUCACUGGGCAGCGUAAUUCACUGCUGCGAGAGGUGGGAUGGCGAUACUUCAGUUCGAUUUCAACAGAGGAAUACGCAAGGAGGAACUACGCAAGCAAUGUCUCUGAGUAUAACACUAUUAUCGGUUCUCUCACCGCGCAGAGAAGGCAUUUCUUGCUGAGAGAUGUGUAUGAUGAUAUGAUGCUGGAUGGAGUACAGCCAACUAGGGAUACAUUCCAUUCUCUCAUCGUUGGAACCAUGAAAAGCUCUUGCUUGCAGGACGCUUUCUACUUUUCUGACCAAAUGAAAUCCAUGGGUUUGGUCCCUGAUGUUACUUUAUACAACAUUUUAGUUUCUUGAUGUAGUGCAGAUGAACUCUGUCACUGUUGACUCGAGGCCAAAGUGCUUGGUUGGUAUUAUUUUUUAUGGUUACCCUUCUUAUUCUAGAAUGUAUGCAGAAGAAACAAGUUACUACUUUUUCUCUAGGUGAUUGAUGAAAUAGAUGGAGCUCUUAGUGAUGGCAAAGGUGCUGUGGAGGUUAUUCUAAAGAUGGUUUCUGCAGAUAAGAAGUCUGAUACAGGGAAGGAGAAUUUUCCUUAUGAAGAAAAUCACGAAAGUACAUAGAAAGUUUAUCAUUCAUAUGGAGUUUCCUUUUCAUGAUUCCUUGGAAAAUGGUAC